CAAUGAGCAUCGCAGCAGGAGCUAGCCCCAAAGCCCUCCUCGGCGCCCUUCUCUGCGCCGCCGUCGCCGCCGCCUCCCUCCUGGGAUCAUCCGCCGCCGGCGCGUCGGCCCUGGUGCCCCAGACCUGCCGCACGACGUCGAACCCGAGCCUCUGCCUCGACCUGCUCCGGUCCAGCAACCGGAGCGACGCCGCCACGACGGUCCGAGAGCUCGCCGUCGUCGCGGUGACGGCCGCCAGGUGGUCGGCGCUCCGCGCCAGGAUCCGCGCGGCGGACCUGAGCCAAGGGGAGGCAGGAGGGGCGGCGGCCCGCCUGGCGGCGCGGUGCGGAGCGCUGUACGCGGAAUGCCUCCGCGCCGGGGCGGAGGCGCUGGGCAGGGUGUCCACCAUGCGGGUGCACGACCCCCGCGCGGCCGACGCCAUGAGCGCCCUGCGCCGGUUCCCGCGGAAGUGCGCCGGCCUCUUCCACGCGCGGGGUAUCGCGUCGCCGCUGGAGAAGGUGAGCAGGGACACGGAGGAGAAGCUGGGCGUCGCGUCGGAGAUCGUUCGCCUCUCGCGCUAGGGUUGCGCCGAUGAUCUAACGGCGAUAGACCUGAUAGGUGCGCGGUUGGCAUGCUGCAAUAAGCCAAGGUGACGCUGCAACGGAUUUGCUCGCGUCCAGUCCGGUCAAUCUCCGUUCAAUUCUUGUGAUGGGAAGAACAGGGGAAGCCACGAGAAGAACGAACUCUCGGGUCUCUCGCGCUAAAGAAGAAAAAGAUUGUUGCUUGCUCA